AUGGCUAGUUGUCCUGAUUACGUUUGUUUGCUGCCCGCACUGACCUUGGCUCAUUAUCUGGAUCUCCAUCCAUCUGUGCCGGCACUGCGUCAUGUGCAUUCGGGUACUCUCCACACUAGCAGGGUGAACCUGGGGGACGUGACCUGGGACCCAGCACAGCCUCCUGGGACCCUGAAAAAGCCAUUUGAUACCCCGCAGAGCCUCUUGAAACUUCACACUGCCCUGGAUGGAGAUGUGAUUAUUGGAGGGGUGCUCACUGUGAGGUCAAGUGAAAACAAUGCAGAUACACCAGAAGAGAAGACUUACACAUCAUCCACUCGGCCUCUUAUAAGUCUCCUAGCUUUCCUUUUUGCAAUUGAAAAUAUUAAUCAGGAUCCAGACAUCUUACCGAACAUCACUCUAGGCUUCCACCUAUAUGAUUCAUGGCUGGAACCCAGGAAAGCUGUACAGAGUGUUCUAAAGAUCUUAUCUGGGCCGGAGAAGACAAUUCCUAAUUAUUCCUGUACAGAGCACGGCAAGCUGGCCGGUGUUAUUGGAGAUCAAUUUUCAGCCACAACAAUCCCAAUUGCCCAAAUCCUCGGACUGUACAGAUACACACAGGUCAGCUAUGGAAGCACGGAUGACUCAUUGAGUGACAGGCGGCUUUACCCGCAUGUUUUCAGGACCGUUCAGAAUGAUUAUGUCCAUUAUUUAGCAAUCACCAAACUAGUGAAACAUUUUGGAUGGAACUGGGUUGGAAUACUUUUUUCAGACAAUGAUACUGGAGAGAAGGAGGCAGAAAUUGUGAAGAGAUAUUUGACUUCCCGGGAGAUUUGUGUGGCUUUUGAAAAAAGAAUGACUCAGCUGGAAUCUCGGUGCUCAGAGGUUUGUUUGCCUGGAAGCAGAAAAAAGCCAGGAUCUUCAAUCCACUCUUGCUGCUAUGACUGUGUCCCAUGUUCAGAAGGGGAGAUAUCCAAUCAGACCGACAGUGAGAUCUGUAUGAAGUGCAGAGAUGAUGAAUGGCCCAAUGAGAAGAAGGAUCGGUGUAUUGCAAAACUGGAAGAGUUUCUUUCCUACCCUGAUGUCCUUUCUCAAGUAUUCAUCACAGCUUCUACUUUACUCUGUAUUGUGACUCUCUUCAUAAUGGGGAUUUUUAUUUCCUAUCUGAACACCCCCAUUGUCAAAGCCAAUAACAGAAACCUGAGUUUUGUUCUCCUUGUCUCCAUCUUGUUGAGCUUCCUCUGUGUGUUCUUGUUCCUUGGUCAACCACUGGAUAUAACCUGUAUACUCCGUGUCAUGACAUUUGGAGUCAUCUUCUCCAUAGCCGUCUCCUCUCUUCUCGCUAAAACAAUCAUUGUUUACAUUGCUUUCAAAGCCACCAAACCUGGCAGCAACUGGAGGAAAUGGAUUGGAAGCAAACUGUCAAACUCUAUAGUAUCAUUGUGUUCAUCUGUUCAGGUGAUAAUAUGUCUUAUUUGGUUGUCCACUUCUCACCCUUUUAAGGAAAUUGACACUCAGUCUUAUCAGGACAAGAUUGUCAUUCAGUGUAAUGAAGGGUCAGUUAUCGGGUUCUACUCUGUGUUGGGUUAUAUGGGGUUUCUGGCAGCUGUGAGUUUUCUUCUGGCUUUCAUGGUGAGGACAUUACCAGACAGUUUUAAUGAAGCCAAGUACAUCACCUUCAGCAUGCUGGUGUUCUGCAGUGCCUGGAUUGCCAUGAUCCCGGCCUAUUUGAGCACCAAAGGCAAAUAUAUGGUAGCUGUGGAGGUAUUUGCCAUAUUGGUCUCAAGUGCUGGACUUCUAAGCUGCAUAUUUUUCCCAAAAUGUUUAAUUAUCUUAUUUAAACCCAAAUUAAAUACACAAUCAAGUUUACUUGAUAAGAAGACAAUAUACGAGUAA